AAAAUAUAAAAAAUCUUUGGGAAAGUCAAAAAUCACAUGUCUACAACCGAUAUACUCAUUGUUAUGGCGUCUUGCGUGUGCAAUCACAUCUCAACCAUCUUCUUGCUAUUCCUUUUUGAUGUCGUCCUCACGUGGUCAGAUUUCAGACGGUGUAUUUAUUUCUAUAAAUAGGGGAGUUUCUCAUUUGAAUGUAGUGUUUCCUAAAUCUUUCAUAAUAGGAUCUUAAAAACACUUGCUCUUCUCUCCCAGUUCAUAUUUCUUUUUUUCGCCGGCAAUUCCUGUGACUAUUACCCUUCUUUCUUUAUAUCCACGUUCUGUGUAAUCAUUUAAAGCAAUGGCCAGUACUUUUUCUAACCCUGACCGAGUCAUUGGCGCACUGAUGCCGGAAAAUGUUGUGCUUUCCCCAAAAAGGGAGCAAGUUUGGCGGAAGAGGAGAGUUUUCUGACAGUAGAUGAGGUGGUUCCCCCGCCCGGGGAAGGCAAGGACAGACUUUAACAGCACCGCCAAAGAUGAGCCGGAACCCGUGCAUUCUAUGAUGGAUGCUGCGACGCUCGUGGCAUUCAAAGUCAAAUGGAGAAUCCUUGAGCAUAUCGAACUCGUUCCGGCGAGAGGCAAUAUAGUUCACAUACACUGCCCAGGGUACUACGCGUACCCUUUUAUUAUUGGGUACACACUUCCCGUUCCCUCACUAGCAACAAACUUCUACCGCUUCUACGAGGUGUGCCCGGCCCAGCUCACCCCGUACAUAUACAAACUUUUCUUAAUGCUCACCAAGUAUGCAGAGUUGGACAACCGUGGGGUUUCCCUUCAACACUUGCUGCAUAUCUUCGUCCCCAGCUUUCAUAGGGGCACUGUGCUACACCUUCGUCACCGAGGUACUAAGAGCCUGUUGAUCGGAAUGGACAAUAAGACCAAUCGCCGUUUCUGGGAGAGCUUCUUCUAUGUCCGCAUGGAAUAAGUGGUAGGGUCUAACUUCACCGGGUUCCCUGAGACGUGAAAUUUUGCCCCCGAGAGGCUACCCUCUCCGCAAGUUAGCAAUAUUCACGGGUGGAUGAGCUCGAAUUUGCAUCAUACUGUGGGAAUUCGCGCAUGGGCACCCUUCCACGAGAGGUUUGGGCGUAAACCUUCCGCCGGUCAGAGAUGGGUGAGAAGGGCGAGGGCUCGUGCUCUUGCUUUCCGUCAACUGGCUUCUCUUGCUAGGCCCUUACUUCAGGCAGCUAUUGAUGAGGGUACUCGGAAUCGUACUAUUUCACAGAUCGAGCAUGCAUCCAACUUUGGUCGUACCGAGGUUAUUCCUUUGUCAGAAUCUCAGGCCCCCAUUGUUCAUUCGGCGGGCAAACCCUCUCAUAGUGAUGCCUUCGAUCGAUGAGCCCUUGAGGGCUGAUCCUAUUGGGGCGGUUUCUGAAAACGGGAGGGAGGUCGUCCUAGGAGUGGAAGCGUUGCUCGGGUCAGGCACGGAUGGGGUCGUAGUGGCGUCAGGGCAAGGUUCGGUGGCUGCCAUAAUUAUUCUGAGUGGACCCUCAACGUCUCAGCAGGCUCACACUUCUUCUCUAGCCAGUGAGAGGUUGAAGGGCGUGGUGGUGAACGACUAUGAAUCUGAUUCGGACAUUGAUCCUGAGGAUAUGAGGUUGUUCGAAAAAAGCUUUACCAGGGUCGAUAUGAGAGCGGGUGGUCCUUCUCGUGUGCUCGAAAUCUCGUCGAAUUUUAAUCUGUUGGAGAAUACAGUGGAUUUGGUGGAGCAAUUCGACCUUUUAUGUUCCGCCGUUGAAAGCAGGUUUCUUCGGGAGAUUAGCGACUCUGGCUUGUCACGCGGUGUGGCUGGAAUGGCCUUAAGGACUUACAUGUUGGAGAUUGAAAGUGCUUCACGGGCCGAGACGCGAGCCGAAGUCUUUCUGAAGAUGAUCGAGAAAUAUUGUCGGUAUCGUAACAAAUGUAGAGAGAUGCAUAUGCAACUUAGAAUGGGUUGUGAUACUCGGUCUCUCAAGGAGGAGCUAGAGAAAAAGGAUGAGUAACUGGUGCGGUCUAUCCACAGAUGUAGUGAGCUCGAAGGCCUGAUUAGGGUUAAAGACGAGAAGCUCGAGGUGGGCAAGGGUGUCGCGGCAGAGUUCGAGGACCUUCAGGUGAAGGUGUCAUCUUUGCGAGCUGAGCUCGAGCAUAAUGCCACCAAAGUUGCUUGUCUGAGUGAUGAAUGGACCGAAAAGGUAGCCGACUUAGAGAGGAAGGUGAUAAAGUUAGAGAGGUCCAAAGAGGUACAGGUAGCGGCUGCGACGAGGGCAGCGACCCGUGAAGAUACUAUGUGCAUCCUCAGAUCCGAAUGAGAGGCUGAUAGGGAGACAACCACAAUGAAGGAGGCAAGGCUUGAAUAGCGGAUCGGCGAUCUUGAGCGGGAUGCCAUGGAUCUAGGUGACAAAGUGGCGGCUCUUGAAGCUGAGAAGGCGCAGUUGUUGGCUCAGGCUGCCCCAGAAUCCGCCUUUGUUGCUGUCCCUCGCCACUUGUAUGAGAUGUGGGUCCAUGUUGAGGCCCAACGAGAUAUAUAUAAGGAUUUGUGAGCGGCGGUAAAUGUCACUGAGGCCGCUUUUGAGGAUGCUCGCGUGAAGGCGCGCGAGAUUUGCCUCUCCUGUGGCUAUGAUCCCGCAAUACCGGAGGCUGAUGAGGGUGCUAAAGUUGAAGACAGGCUCUCUUCUAAUGAUGAUGGUCCUGGCAGGGAUGAUGGCGGAGAUGCGGCAGAGUGAAGUUUUGUAGUCUUUUGGUACUUUGGUUUUUUUUGUUCUUUUCUUUGAGGUUGCUUGUUGUUAUUGUUUUCUCUCUCUCCUCUUUUUUUGGGGUCCUGUUUUGGCCUCUUGUAAGACGUUGGGAGUAUGUAAAUUUUGAAUAAGAUUUUGCU